AUGAGUACUCAAGUAGCGACAACAACAACUACUGCGCCUGUGUCAACCACCGUGGCACCUUUAAAUGGUGGAAAUGGCCUAGCUGCAAAUGCAAUCGCACAACAACAGCAACCACAACAUAAAUGCAAAUCAGGUAAGCGAAUAGAAUUGGAGAGACUAAUACGAGAGUUCCAGAGUAAGUUGGGGCCCAACUGGGAGAAAUACCAUGAAGCAUUGAGUCUAUUUCUUAUUGGUAAGCUUUCGCGACCGGAACUAGUUUCAACAAUUACACCACUUUUAAAACCACAAAACUUGUUUCGGUAUCACAAUAAGUUGCUAAUGUUAAACUUUGCCAACUCCUUAAAAGAUGGUCCUUUGGAUGCACCCAAUGAGUUGGCGUCGUUUUGGAAUAAAAAGUUUUCCAAAGUGAAUAAAAACGUACGAAGUACCCAGUAUGAGAAAUUCAAACAGAAUAUUAUGGGGCUCCCCAUAAAGGAGAGGAGACGUAUCAAGAAUAUUACCAGAGAUAGUGGGAAGCGAAAUAAAUUGACUGCGGGUAUAACGUUGACUCGUCAUACGUUGUUACCAAAGAUUCCCAUGAUUCAAGAUAAGGAACAGCAACAAUUACAAGUGAAUAAUUUGGUACAAUGGCAACAAGAUGUAUUAAAUGGUAUAAAUGCCCCCAUAGCUACCGAAAGUUAUGAGAUCCCUGAUGCAGACACACUUUCAAAACAAAUUUUAAUGACAAUGCGAGAACAUGGUUUAACAGGAGGAUUGAACCCCGGUGUAAUUGAAGUGUUACUUCUAGGUUUGAAAUCACAUUUGAAGAACAUUGUUGAGAGUGCUAUUGAUGUGGCGAAAUAUAGAAAAACCAAGUAUACCAAUAAUGACUAUGUGCCCCUUGAGAGUGAUGGUGGUGGAAUUUCCAAUGGAUCUAGCUCUAAAGCCCCUUCGUUCCCUGAUAACGCACACAAUAAGGACAUGGUUUUAUCAGUGGAGGACUUGUAUGACACAUUUGAAAUGUUCCCUCAUAUAAUUGAACCAUGUGGACCGAAAUUGAGAUUAAGUAAUGUGUUGCUCGAAAAUGAUGAUUGUCAGGAUAAGAGUUUAAACUAUAAUUUACCACCGAAGCCAGCAUCGUAUUUGGAAGAUCGAAAAAAGUUUACUCAAUCUUCUGCAUCUGCGCUGACAAACGUUACCGGUAACGAUUCAUCUAUCAGAGCAAAUGUGUCCAGCUCCACUCCAUCAUCAUCUUCGGGCGCAACUGCUACUGAUCCAACUACUGUACAAAGUCAAAGUAGCUCUAUUGAUGGCAAAACUAACGAACCCAACGAACUUGAAGCUCACAAACCCGAACAGCAAAAACAUCACCAACAACAAGCGCUUCCUAGACCCGAUGCACAUAUCGGUACCACCGACGAGUUGAAAUGGGUUUUGCAUGAUUUGGUUUCUACGAUGUAG